GCUCCGGAGAGACUGAAGAAAAAUAGAUGCAAGACACGCCAAGUGAGAGUGAAGCGCAACUUUGAUGAAGACAGCAAGACAGGAGCACAGAGCACCAGACUGGCCUCCUUAUUUAAACUGGUGCCGAGCAUCACAGCGGAGAGCAUCACCACAGCAUCAUUUGACUUGGGUCUUUUAAGAGAGCAAAUCUAUUUCGCUCCUGCAAAGGAAUCACUGAAUCGUGUUGAUAAGAUUGUGUUUGCUGACCAGUCAUGAUCCUGAACACCUCUGACCUGGGCUGGGAUGAGUCCUCAGGUGAAGACCCCUUCUUCCCUUUGGACCAGCUGGAUAACCCAUCUCCAUAUGAGGUCCCACCUCUCACAGUGUGGGGUGUGGCCUUGUGUGUUUCAGGAACUCUCAUCGCCACUGAGAAUGCAAUCGUUGUCACCACCAUCUUGGCCACCCCAUCUCUGCGUGCCCCUGUCUUCCUGCUGCUAGCUAGCCUUGGGCUGGCAGAUCUCCUGGCAGGCGUUGCUCUAAUCCUUCACUUCCUCUUCCUUUUCUGUGUGGAGCCCAGUGAUUGGUCAGAAUUGCUUACCUCAGGACUGCUGGUGACAUCACUGACUGCCUCGCUCUGCAGCCUGAUGGGCGUUGCUCUGGACCGAUACCUGUCUUUGAGCCACGCCCUCACCUAUGGCUCAGGUCAAUCACGUCGCAGAGCUGCCAUCCUCCUGCUGCUGGUUUGGUUGGGUGCAUGUGUCAUCGGGGCGGGACCAGCAAUGGGAUGGCACUGUCUUGGAGAGCCCGAGUCCUGCUCUGUAGCACGACCUCUGACCAGGACAUACUUAUCGCUGCUGUGUGGUGGGUUUCUGGUGGUUGUCAUGGUAACCCUGCAAUUGUACGCCGGGAUAUGCCGGGUGGCAAGGCGGCACGCUCACGCAAUUGCUACCCAGAGGCACUUCCUCCCAGCCAACCAAUCAUAUGCAAGCAAACACAGCAGUGGGAGGGGCUUCUCUCGGUUGAUCCUGGUCCUCAGUGUGUUUGUGGGAUGCUGGAUGCCUUUCUCUCUCUGGGGGCUGCUGGGAGACGCGUCCAGCCCUCCUCUAUACACCUAUGCCACCUUGGUGCCAGCGGCGGGCAGCUCCCUACUGAACCCCAUCCUCUACAGUCUGAGAAAUAAAGACAUUCGCAAGGUGCUGCUCCAGGCCUGCUGCCCCCACAGAUACACACACAACACACAAAUACACUACCCCGUGGAUGUGUAGAUUGCCAAACCAACACACUAUCUAUGCUAGACAUAUCACUGUUUGUGUGCCAAGAUACACACAUAGCUAUAUUGACUGUCAUCCAGAUCCAGAACAUGAAGCCUCACACACACACUCCCACACACACAAGCAGCACUUUUCUGAGAAGACGUCCUUCUGCAGAUCAGAAUGUACUGAACUGUCCUGGCUGACAGCCAUGUUGGAACAGCUCCGCUGUUGCCACAAAGAUUAAACGUACUGUCUUGUGUGUACUUUGUGCCUCAUCCACAGUUAAUUGUAGCUCCACUGGAUCCCGAGAAUGAAACAAUCAAGGGGGUGUUAUAUAUAUCCCCGCUCAUAAAAAGUGGAUUUAAUGCCCAUCUGCACUUUAAGACAAGAGAAGGGAUGGGUUUUAAAUGCAAGCCUGUCAUAGUGUAAUGACAUAUGAAAUCCAAAGCCCAAUUUUAUUUACUUGAAUGUCUAGAAAACACUGAGUUCUAGAUCUUUGACAUUCUAUUUUGCACAUGCUGUUAAAGGCACUUUGAAAGGUUCUGACCAUAUGUUCAUGUUGCACAACCUUUUUGAAAUGAAUGAAUAUUUUAUA